UAGCGGCGCUGCCGCGGCGGCGGCUCCGCGCCCCCCGCCCGUCCUCCUCUUUCUCCUCCUCCUCCUCCUCCUCCGCCGCGCCACUUCCAGGGGAGGCUGGUGUCAUGCGGCUGGCGCCGAGGGAGGGGUGCCCGGGGCCGCAGCAGCAGUGAGAGGCGCCGCGCCGAGCCCCUGCGAUGACAGCCAUGAAGGAGCAGCCGGCGCACCCGGGCGGCAGGGGGAACCCGCCGCCGCCGCAGCCCGACCAGGAACUUGGAAGUAACAGCCCUCCGCAGAGGAACUGGAAGGGAAUUGCUAUUGCGCUGCUGGUGAUUCUAGUUGUUUGUUCACUCAUCACUAUGUCAGUCAUUCUUUUAACCCCAGAUGAACUCGCAAAUUCAUCAGAAAACAGAUUAUCUUUGGAAGAUCUCUUCAGAAAAGAGUUCAUAGUUCAUAAUCCAGAAGCCAAAUGGAUUAAUGAUUCAGCAGUGGUGUAUAAAACCAGGAAUGGACACGUUGUUGAACUGAAUGUAGAAACAAAUACAACCACAUUAUUACUGGAAAACACAACUUUUGUAACCUUCAAAGCAUCAAGAUACUCUGUUUCACCAGACUUAAGAUUUGUUCUUAUGGCAUAUGAUGUCAAACAGGUUUUUCAUUAUUCUUAUACAGCUUCAUAUGUGAUUUAUAACAUACACACAAGGGAAGUUUGGGAGUUAAACCCUCCAGAAGUAGAGGAUUCAGUUUUACAGUAUGCAGCCUGGGGUGCUCACGGACAGCAACUGAUUUAUAUAUUUGAAAAUAACAUCUACUAUCAGCCUGAUGUAAAGAGCAGCUCAUUGCGCCUGACAUCCUCAGGAAAAGAAGGAAUUAUUUUUAAUGGAAUUGCAGACUGGUUAUAUGAAGAGGAACUUCUUCAUUCCCACAUUGCCCACUGGUGGUCUCCAGACGGGGAAAGACUGGCCUUCCUGACCAUCAAUGACUCUCUGGUGCCCAACAUGGUUAUUCCCCGCUUCACAGGAGGUCUGUAUCCAAAGGGAAAGCAGUAUCCAUAUCCUAAGGCAGGUCAAACAAACCCCACAGUAAAGCUGUUUGUAGUUAACCUGUAUGGACCAGCACAUACCCUGGAGCUGAUGCCACCUGACAGCUUUAAGUCAAGGGAAUAUUAUAUCACCAUGGUGAAAUGGAUAAGCAACACCAAGGCUGUGGUGAGGUGGUUAAACAGAGCUCAGAAUAUCUCCAUCCUUACAGUUUGUGAAACCACAACUGGAGCUUGUACCAGGAAAUAUGAAAUGCAGUCAGAUCUGUGGCUUCCUAAACAGAAUGAAGAACCUGUUUUCUCCAAGGAUGGCAGCAAGUUCUUCAUGACGGUGCCGGUGAAGCAGGGCGGCCGCGGCGAGUUCCACCACAUAGCCAUGUUCAUGGGGCAGGCUAAAAGUGAACAAAUCAGUGUGAGACACCUGACAUCAGGGAACUGGGAAGUUAUCAAAAUCCUGGCAUAUGAUGAAAAUACUCAAAAUAUUUAUUUCCUAAGCACUGAAGAAUCCCCAAGAGGAAGACAGCUGCACAGUGUAUCGACAGUGGGGUCCCUGAACCGUCAGUGUCUCUCGUGUAACUUCCUGAAGGAGCAGUGCACGUACUUCAGUGCCAAGUUCAGCCCCAUGAACAGGCAUUUCCUCCUGCACUGCAAAGGACCAGGUGUUCCAGUUGUAAGUGUGCACAAGACAAGUAAUGCUGAAAAGUUUUAUAUUUUGGAAAAUAACCCAGUGUUGAAAGAAGUUGUUUCCAAGAAAAAGAAUUACAAGACUGAAAUCAAAAUGCUUCACAUUGAGGAUUACGAAUUCCCUUUACAGUUGUCACUGCCAAAAGAUUUCACGGAUCGAAACCAGUAUGCCCUUCUAUUAAUAAUUGAUGAAGCUCCAGGCAGCCAGUUGGUUACAGAUAAGUUUCACAUUGACUGGGACUCAGUGCUUGUCAACUCUGAUAAUGUCAUCGUAGCUCGAUUCGAUGGCAGAGGGAGUGGAUUUCAAGGCCUCAAGAUCCUACAGGAGGUCCAUCGGUGCUUAGGAUCAGUGGAAGUGAAGGACCAAGUAGCAGCUGUAGAAUCACUUCUGAAACAGCCCUUCAUUGAUCCUAAGAGACUGGGUAUAUUUGGAAAGGGGUAUGGUGGCUACAUUGCAUCCAUGAUCCUGAAAUCCAGCGAGAGGCUCUUCAAGUGUGGAGCUGUGGUGGCACCAAUCACAGAUAUGAAGUUAUAUGCAUCAGCUUUUUCAGAAAGAUACCUUGGGAUUCCAUCAAAAGAUGAAAUUACCUAUCAGGCAUCCAGUGUAUUACACAAUCUUCAUGGUUUAAAAGAAGUGGAUUUGCUAAUAGUUCAUGGGACAGCUGAUGCUAAAGUUCACUUCCAGCAUUCAGCAGAACUAAUUAAGCAUCUAAUAAAAGCUGGGGCUAAUUACACUAUGCAGAUCUACCCGGAUGAAGGUCAUAACAUUGCUUCUGAGAAAAGCAAAUAUCACCUUUACAGCACAAUCCUUGGGUUUUUUAGUGCUUGUUUAAAGGAGGAGACACCAAUUUUACCACAGGAACCUGAAGAGGAUGAAUAAGGAAGCCUAUUUGUGUAGUACUGAGGGGGACUUACUCUGUGGCUCAAUAAAACCUUAAAUAAAAGUGACUGUAAGAUUUCAGAUUCUGCAGAAGCUCAAGGGCAGCUAAAGGAUACCACAGUGGAACAGCACAUUUACAGACAAUGAGCUCAUAAACUGGAAUUCGACUGCAAAGUCCAAACAUAUUACCAAGGGACAAAACCUUUACCUUUGUGGAAGGUCAACAGUUGGUUACAGUUUCCUGGAAGAACUUAGUUUUGCAUAAGUGUAGGGUUAGUGCAUGUUUGUUAUGUUAAGCCUCACUGUUGAUUCUGUAAGUGGUUGCUUGUUUUCGUUUUUUUGGGUUUUUUUUAAAUUUUAAUUUAAAUGCACAUCUUUAUUCAUCUUUGCAUAAGGCACAACCUAUCAUAAGUAUUAUGGCCACUACUAAUCUAAAAGGUGAACUGCAAUCUAACACUGUAAUGUUACAAUAAGUGCAAUUCUUCUGCUGUCUAUUACACAUAAGAAACCACAGAGAUAAUAAAGGGCACGAUAUUUUCUCUAG